AUCUGCAGCUUUGUCUGUCAAGCUCCACCCUCAGCCUUCGCCGCCGUCUCCGUCACGUCACACGACUUCUCUGGAUCCGUAGCUACUCCACCCGCAGCAGCCAUGAUGCAAGAAGGGCUGGAAGACGGUCCCGAUUUCCUCUCCGAGGAAGACAGAGGACCUCGAGCAGUAAAUGUGGAUCUCCAAACGGAUGCCACACUUCAGGUGGAUAUUUCUGAUGCUUUGAGUGAAAGGGACAAGGUCAAGUUCACUGUUCACACAAAGAGCACCCUCCCUAAUUUCAAACAGAAUGAGUUCUCUGUGGUUCGACAGCAUGAGGAGUUCAUCUGGCUGCACGAUUCCUUCGUGGAGAAUGAGGAAUACGCUGGCUACAUAAUCCCUCCAGCUCCCCCCAGGCCUGACUUUGACGCCUCCAGAGAGAAGCUUCAGAAGCUCGGUGAGGGGGAGGGCUCCAUGACCAAGGAGGAGUUUACUAAGAUGAAGCAGGAACUAGAGGCGGAGUACCUGGCCAUCUUCAAGAAGACAGUGGCGAUGCAUGAAGUCUUCCUGUGUCGUGUGGCCGCACAUCCUGUCCUGAGGAAAGACCUGAACUUUCAUGUCUUUCUAGAGUACAACCAGGAUCUGAGUGUACGAGGCAAGAACAAAAAGGAGAAGCUUGAGGACUUCUUCAAGAACGUGGUGAAAUCAGCAGACGGAGUGUUGGUGGCAGGAGUUAAGGAUGUAGAUGAUUUCUUUGAGCAUGAGAAGACAUUCCUUUUAGAAUACCAUAAUCGUGUCAAAGAUGCCUCCGCCAAAUCUGAUAGAAUGAUCAGGUCUCACAAAAAUGCUGCAGAUGACAUCAAUAGAAUUGCCUCCACACUGUACACUCUAGGAACCCAGGACUCCACAGAAGUGUGCAAAUUCUUCUUGAAAGUAUCUGAGCUUUUUGAGAAAACUAGGAAAAUCGAGGCUCGGGUGGCUGCAGAUGAGGACCUAAAACUGGCAGACUUACUGAAGUACUACCUCCGGGAGUCUCAAGCCGCCAAGGACCUAUUGUAUAGACGAGGACGAGCACUGGUGGACUAUGAGAACGCUAACAAGGCCCUGGACAAAGCCAGAGCUAAAAACAAGGAAGUUCUGCAGGCUGAGACCAGCCAACAGGUCUGUUGCCAGAAGUUUGAGAAGAUAUCAGAGUCGGCAAAGCAAGAGCUCAUAGACUUCAAGACAAGACGGGUAGCUGCCUUUAGAAAGAACUUGGUGGAACUGGCUGAGCUGGAACUCAAACAUGCAAAGGGUAAUCUACAGUUGUUGCAAAGCUGUCUCGGGGUGUUAAAGGGCGACACCUAAGUCUCCAGAUUGGAUGUUCAACUGUACAGGGCUUUCUCCGCUUGUGUCUGGUCUUCUCUGGGAAGGCAGCAGAGCAGGCAGAUCCGAUUUUAGGGGUCAGUUUGUUUUCAAGGAUGUCUCUAGUCCUCAUCACUACCAGGGAGACACCAUCCUGUAUUCUCCCCCCCUCUCUUCUGUCCUCCCCUCCCCUGUCUUCUUCUGCCUCCACCACCCCCACUUUAACAGAGAAAGCCACUGUGCGACACGGAAGGACGACUACGUCCACACAGCACAAGAACCUAGAAAGUCAUCUACUCACGUCUAUUACAUUUUUUAAUUGACUACCAUACAUGGGUUGUCCAUGAGGGGUAGCGUUGUUACUCCAGCCCUAUAUCAUCUGUCUGUGUCAUGUCUUUGUCAGAUUUGUUGUCAUUGUUAUAAUUUUUUCAGUUGCUUAUUGUUGAAGGCUGUUGGUGUCAGUAAAUCUUUUUUUUUCCUGUGAUGCUGCUCAGUUACUUUGUUGAAAUUGAGCUGAUUGUUACAAUUAUUAAAGUGUAUUGUCACUAAAAA